AUGGGUGAUUCGUACGACGAAGAUGAGGGUCGUUUGAUGAUAGAUGAUGCUAUUCUGGAUAAUACUCAUUCAUCCCAAGCAGGUUGCGCGGAAACAUCGACCAAAACGACAACUUAUGAAAAAACGAUUGAAUUAACAUCAAGUUCCGAAGAUGGCAUGGAAAGUCAUCCGGUUGAUCCAGAACCGAAGCCGAAUUUUUAUUGUGAAAGUGGAGCUCCAAAAGCAGUGCAAGGCGUUCAUCGAGAUGAUCGAUUGAAAAUGACAAUCAAACGGACACAGAGCCCAGUCAGCGGUGGUGGACAGUUUUCGUAUUCUGGAGAAAAGCGUAGUGACGGAGCAGCACGAACUGAAGACAUAUCUAAGGAGGAGGGAGAAAUCGAUGAUGAGGAAGAAACGGGCAACAGUUUACAUACUCAGUCAACCACUGUUCACCAGCCAGCUAACUGGUCUGGAUACCAGAGCAGUGGUUUUGAAGCUGGAUCUGGCACGAGCAAAUUUCGCCAUAGUGGGCAACAACAGUUUGAGCAUCAUGCCCUGUACAGCACACCACAUUCUAGCACUCGUCAGCUAGCAGUCAAUAUUUCUGUAUCUUCAAAUGUAACUUCUUCUGGGCCUACAAAUGUGACAAGUUCAGUAAUGGUUGAAGAACACCAUUCUCGUAUUCUCUCUUCAUCUUACGUGCCGCAAACGCAAACUUCUACCAGUGAGGGACAAUUUGGUGAAGAUUCUGCAGAUUUGGAUCGACAGAAUACUGCUGUAGUUGGUGUUAGCUUAAAAAAUACAGGAACGCACAAUUUACCAUGCAACAAAAUACGAAAAAAGAAACGACGUGUCAGUGAGCAAGAUGACCAUGGAACUUGCCAGGCUUCUCCCAGUAACGCUGCGCCUUCCUUUAAUAUGACAGCUUCACAGUUAGGCAUAACUUCUGCAAGUGUUAGUUCAGCGAAAAAGAAGAAACCGCUACAGAAUAUGCGGGACUGCUCGACAUGUGUUACUGUGAAGUCCGUGCAAACUAAUGAUGGAGAUAUAGAUGUAAAAGUUGGCUCAACUCAUUGCCUCAAUAUUUCUGUACUUGCAAAAGCAUCGAAUUAUUUAUAUUAUGUUACGAAUUGGAAUGGGCAUGAUUUGUAUGGUAUUUUGGGUGACGGUUUGCCGCCUUUACAACAUACUUACAUGAAUAAAAAAUGUGGUGGUACGUCUGGUGCAUCAAACAGUGCAUCUGGGUUCGACUUUUUUAGUUCGCAUGAUAAAACAAAUGGUAGCAGUCCAUCAAAGCAACGACUUAAUGCUAAAAGAUCAAACAGAAGCUCCUCAGUUUGUCCACCGAAUGGAUUUCCUGAAAUUAAGCCAACUGGAAGAAAAGGUUUGAUCGGAAAUGUUGGUCGACCAUCAAGCGCCUCAACCAGCGAUGUACAAUCUAUCAGUGGAGAUCUGCAGGAUGAUGAAAGGUCACAGUCACCAGUCUCAUGGUUCACAUCUGGAAGUAAUGAUCCAAUAUCUGCGCUCGGUUCAUUUGGAACUGUUGCAGACAAUGUUUCAUCUCAAUUACGCGAAUGCGUUUUAUCUACAAUGUAUUCUUGUCCAGUAGCAGGUUGUGAACAUCGCUAUGACACUCAGUCACAGUUGGCAGUCCAUUACCACACGCACUUUGUGAAAGAAGACGGAGGAAGAGCGAUCUACGUUGAAACUAUGGGUACUCAAACAAAUUUAGUCGUGAUGAAAGAUGUUGCUGUCGAUACGGAUAGAGAACUAACUCAUGUUUAUGCAGUUUCCUCAGGAGAAUUUAUUCCGGAAGGAACGAAACUCAAAACUGGUGAAAACAGUAUUCAUUUGAUUUCACCGAAACCGAAAUUAUCGAAAACGCUCACAAACCAUGAAGAACAAAGUAUCAGUGAGCUCUUCAAGGUUGUAACACAGAAGGCAGAGACGAGCGUUGGAACUGCAAAAGCUGACGGGAAAAAAGCUUUCGUUGUUAAAAGUCCAAAAAAUAUUGUCACCAGCAAAGUAUACGGUGCCUUACUCACUAGUAACAGUGCAGUAAAUCAGAAUGAAAUACCUACUGCACUUGAUGCGAUUCGUAAAAUGGUAACAAAUAACAGUGGUGAAGUUCAUUCACGUGAGCAGCAAUCAGCAACCAUUAUUUCCGGCUUGCCAUCAUCUAGUGUCCCUUCUACACCUCACGGUGGCGCUACUUCACCUGCAUUUUCAGACAUUUCGGAUGAUGCUCCCACUUUGGAAAAAGAGGUGGCCGACAAAUCAGAGGAGCGAUCUUUGGAUCGAAUUAAAGAAUUAGUAAACAGCACCGAAAAAGCUCCACUAGAACAGUUAAGUUUGUCGAUCGAGGACGAAAAAAUGAUCACUGUACCGAAAAGCGGAGUUGGUUCAUCAACUUUGCUCUGUCCUGUAAGCUCAUCAACUGCUAUUGCUACUACAUUGUCUGUUCCAAGAGUAUCAGCAGAAAUAAAUCAGGGCUUCUCUUCUGAUGGUUCAAAAAAGAACGAAAUAAAAACACAGUCACAUGCAAACACUCUCGGUUCUUUUGCAUCAUCCUUCAUGGAUCCAUCGGGAUUGCGCCAUGCUUCUACUAUUCCGAUUUCUAUACCGAAUUUGUCAAACGCCCCUUCUGCUUCAGUUUUUGCACAGCCCUAUUUCAUACCAUUUAUCAGUCCGUCAGUGAGCAAUGCCACAACUUCAGGAAUAUCGCAGCCUCAUACUUCGAAACAUAAAAUUCAUGAUUUGAAGGCCAAUCCACCAAGUUUGAUUCCUUUUCAGUCUAAAGAAAGCAACAGCCUUGGUCAGUCAUCAGUUGUUGCUUCGUCCAAUUCUCAACCUCUAUCACAAGGAGGGACAGGUAGUGUUUCAACAACGAAGCAAACUGUGCACCAGCAACUAGGAAGUCAAAGUGCUGCUUCGGGAAAUUCUUUUGCAGCUAUUCAGUCUCAUGCUUCGACCAAUAGUGAUCGCAGCGCAAAUGCUCAAAAUGUACAAUCUUCUGCAUUGAACUUCAUGCAGCAUCAACAACAGCAACAGGCCUAUUUUGCGCAGCUGCAACAACAUCAACAAAUGCAGUAUAUGCAACGAUUUGGCACAGCUUUUCCAAUGACCGGACCACCGAAUUCCAUGAAUGCUGUUGCACAACAAGCUUAUGAGCAACAAAUGGCUGCUUUGCAUGCAUCAUUUGGCUAUCCAGGAAUUUUUAUGCCGCCGUCAUUUCCACCCAAGUAA